AUGGGAACGGAACAGCUACUUGCUAUCAAGGGUGAGACCAAGGUAGACGACUUCGCUCGACCAUUCAAUGGGAGUAUUAUCAAGAUGGACUUUCAAGUUAUCAGGCGGAACAAGCCGAGCAUCAAAUACCGCGUAGCGCGAGGUUGGUCAGGUCGUCUCAAAAAUGGGUACCGCCUUGGAAUGCUCGGCAUACUUAGCCGUAAUGAAGCGGACGUUGCAGCAUCUGGCAUAUUUCAGAGAAUCAAUCGCCAUGCUGAGUUCGAUAUUAUUCAUCAGAGUUGGGAAUUUAAAUCAGGAUUCAUCUACCGCAUAACGCCGCAAUUGGCCAGCGUAUCUGGAGCAGGAAACUUCUUUACGCCAUUCCGUAGCAGCGUUUGGGUGGCAUCAUCAGUUACAACAGUACUGAUAGUGAUCGUCCUGAAACUAGUUGGUCUCAUAGUUUUCAAGACGUACAAACAUGAAUUGAAUCUUUCCUGGGCGGCUUACAUUGUCGACGUCGUUGGGACCAUCUCGCAGCAAGGCAUACCAAGUCGAAUUUCUCCAAGGCUAUCGAUUAAAAUUGCCCUUUCUUCAUUGCUGAUGAUGAAUCUGGUAAUGUACAAUUAUUACACUUCUGCGGUUGUGGGAGGUCUGCUCAGCUCUCCCGGUAGGGGACCGGAGACGGUCCGGGAGAUCAUCGAUAGUGCGUUGGUUCUAUCGUUCCGGGAUAUCGGCUAUCAUAAGAUAUUGUUUCGAGAAACAACAGUUCCCAUCAUCCGAGAGUUAUUCGAGAAAAAGGUAAAACCAUCACGCGAAGACAAGCAGAUCUUACCGGUCUACGCGGAUGUGAUUACAGCCGUCCGGUACCUCAAACACGGAGGAUAUGCAUUUCACUGCGAAAUGACCGAGGCAUUCCAGGACAUUGCCAAUCAGUUCGAUGCAAAUGAAGUUUGUGAGCUGCGAACGGCCAAAGGACUUUUCAACGAUAUGCGAUUGAUGAGCUUUGUGCUUCCGAAACGGAGUAUGUACACGGAGAUGUUCAGGAUUACUAUGAUGCGUGUCCAGGAGGUGGGAUUGAUCAAACGAACUCUGAAGAUUCACAAAAUUGAAAAACCGAUAUGCCAAUCGGGCGGACGCGUUCAUCCGGUAGAGUUCUUUGGCGUUUCAACGGCAUUCGGUGUUCUCUGCGUUGGCACGAUAGUGGCAGCGGUUCUUCUGAUCGCAGAAAGGCUAAGCACCAGAAGCCCCAGGAAAGUCAUUUUCCUGCAUACAACCAUAGAAAAUGCAUAA